AUGGCUUCACCCCUUGUGAAGCCUAAGAUAAUCAAAAAAGUUCAUCUGGCAACAUUCAGACGAUAUGUUGAAAUUAAGUGUACCUGGAAAAAAACCAGAGAUAUUGACAAGGUGCACAAGCGAUUCAAGGACCAGAUCUUGAUGCUCACCACUGGUCACCGGGAGCAACAAGAAAACAAAGCACCGUGCUGCCCAGUGGCUUCCAGAACCUCCAAGGAGCUGGAGGUGUUGCAGAUGUGGAAUAAAUUAUACUGUGCUGGAAUCAUUCACAACAUUUCCUCCAAGAACCGCAAAACAUUGUGGAAAGAGCAGCCCAGCUGGCCUCAGAAUCACCAUUCCCAACACCAGGCUGCACAGAGAAGAAAAUGA